AUGGCCUUAGAAUUUGUUUCUGGGUUUAUUGUGUCAUCAUUAUUGCAAGAGUUAGUAGACAAGAUCAAAGCUUCAGCAGCUGACACAAUUGAUCUUGCAUAUUUUUCUGAUGUAGAGGAAGAGCUAAAAAAACUUGAGACUACUUACGUAAAAGCUCAAUCCAUGCUUGACAAGAUUGAUGGAUGGGACCUGAUUUCCAGCAAGUUGCACCGAGACUGGGUGGCUGAUAUUAGGAGAGCUUGUUAUGAGACUGAAGAUUUCACGGAAUUCAUCAAGUUUGAGAUUCUUAUGAAGGAGGAUGCUGGAUUCUUUUCGUCGUACUGGACAAAAUGGGGUCUGUCUUCAAAAAUUCGAGACCUGCGAAGAAAUUUGAUACACUUGAUAAAUGCAUCAGAUCAGUUUACUAAAGAAACUGAACAGAACACCGAUGACAAACACAUCUUUGUGGACAAAGAGCCAAUGAAUGUACCAGAUGAUCGAAGCUUCCGAAGAAAACGAGAGAAAGAGAGCAUUAUCCAACUGCUUUUGCAUCCACGAAGCAGUGCGGUUCUGAUCACAGGAAUGUUUGGGGUGGGAAAAACAACAUUAGCUCAAGUGGUUAAGAACGAUUCAAGAGUCCAAAAUCAUUUUCACUAUAAAUUUUGGGCUUCUGUAUCAGAGGACUUUGAUGUCAGAAAGAUUUUGUCUUCAAUGAUCUUAGACUUGGAUCUUGAGAAAACCUUAAAAGUCAAUGGAUGCAUUUCCUCUCUCCCAUUCUCAACGCAGAAAUACGCAAAGCUGUUUCAGGGUUUGUGCAAGGAUAAAAGGGUCCUAAUUGUGCUGGAUGACUUGUGCAAUUUCGUGAACCCUCAAGAUUGGGAAGAUUUUCACUCUAUCCUCCUUAAUGCUUCUUGUGUGUUUGGUAUCCUCAUUACUACUCGCAACCCAAAAAUUGCCACUACAGUUGCUUCUUUGAGCAGUAUUUUUACUGCUCCCUACUACUUGCAACCGAUGUCUGAUGAAGAUUGUGGGAUCAUAUUACAGCAAAAAGCAGUUCUAGCUUCUGUCAACAAACGAAUGCGAUGUGGAAGGAGUAUGUCAGAGGUAAUUGCAGUUCAGACAGCAGAAGAAUUUUGCAAAGGAUUGCCUUUGGUAGCAAAUAUUCUUGGGCAGCGCAUCUCCCUGAAACAAGAUGACAAUAGAUGGCCUAUUAUUAGCCUGUCUGAAGACUUGUGGACCAUGCCAGAAUUCAGAGAAUUGAUAUUCCCAGUCUUCAGGCUGAGUUAUUCUGAUCUUCCUUUCUUUCUGAAAAAUUGCUUCCCUUACUUUUCGCUUUUCCCAGAAAAGUAUGACUAUAAGAAGGAUGAUUUGGUCCAGUUAUGGUUGGCAGAGGGUUAUAUUAAACGUCAAGUUUCUAGGUUCCAAUAUUCAGAUUGCUCGGAGUAUUCAGUCAUAGAAGAGCUUGGAAGUUAUUACUUUGAUGAAGUAUUGUCUCAAUCUAUCCUUCAAACAUGUGACCCAUUUGAGCAAGAGCCACAAGUCUACAGAAUACAUGAAUUUGUUCAUCGUUAUGCCCAAUUUACAGGCUCUGGCAUGUAUGUUCAACUAGAUGAUAAAUUUAUUGGUGCUUGUUUGCUGGGUGGUUCAAGUUCUAGUUCUAGUUCAAAUUCUGCUAGUGAGAAGCUGACUUCUGCAGAUAUUGCCACUCGAUAUAGAAAUUCUAGACAUAUGUCUUUGCUUUGUCCGAGCAUUCCAACAAAAAUAUGGAAAGACAUAGAAAGAUAUUCAGAGGGCCUUAGGACAAUCCUUUCCCUACGUGAGCACAUAAGUAUUGGCCAAGUUAGUUACACCCUUUUUCUUAAAUUAAAAUUCUUGCGAGUUCUCAAUCUGAGAGGAACAGAUAUCAGUGAGCUGCCUGAAUCAGUGGGAAAACUGAAACAUCUUCGACUCCUUGAUGUGUCCAAAACAAAUAUUGAAGAAUUUCCUGCAUCCAUCACAGAUCUUCAUAUGUUACACUUCCUCAGAGCUGAUCAAUGUUAUCAGCUUCUUCAAUUACCAAAAUCUAUACAGAAAUUGACUCAUCUACUACACCUUGAUGUUGAUAUCAAGGGCCUAAGCUCUAUGCCACCUAACAUUGGGAAGCUAAUUAAUCUUCGCACUCUUCCUGCAUUCAUUGUUGGUAGAAAAGAUGGGUAUCGUGUAACAGAAUUGAAGAACAUGAAGUACCUCCAAGGAUCAAUUUGUCUCACAAAUCUUGAAAAUGUCAAGGAUGAAGAAGAAGCCAAAGAAGCAAUGCUGAAAAGCAAGCAAUUCCUUAAAAAGGUGGAGCUCGAAUGGAACAGAUACUCGGACAAGCUAUCAGAAAGUGAAGAGAUUCUCAGUGCCCUGGAACCCCAUGAAAAUUUAGAAGAGUUAGAAAUAACAGGAUAUGAUGGUGCGCGAUUUCCAAGUUGGCUCAGUAGUCCAGAGAAUAGCUUGACUAGCAUUUGUUUGCUAAGAUGUGACCAGUGUAACACCUUGCCAGAACUGGGGCAACUUAAGCACCUCAGAGCUCUUCAUAUUGAGGAACUGCAUUCUGUUGAAUGCAUUGACAACAAAUUUUUAGGAACAGGUGAGGCAGCAGGAUUUCCAUCACUGGAGUUGCUGAGUCUCCAAGACAUGUCGAACCUCAAGAAAUGGGAUGGAUUGCAAGCGACUCAAAUGCCUUGCCUCCAAAAGAUUAACAUUACAGAUUGUCCAGAUCUGAUUUCCCUUCCUUCAUUAAACUUACUUGCUUCCUUGGAGAGCUUAGAAAUAAGCUACUGCCCUGCAUUGCAGGCUCUGCCAGAAGAAGGUUUACCAUUAUCAUUGAAAACGUUUAUUAUUGUUAGAAGUGAUCUAUUGAAGCAACGUUGCUUACUGCAACAAGGUGGAGACUGGGAAAAGAUUAAAUUUGUUCCUAAUGUAUUAAUUGAUUUUGAGCAGAUAACAACUGUUUAA